CAAAAGCAAAUUUGUCAAGUUUUACGUGUAAACGUGUCCGUCCAUUCUCAUGCCAAUCUGGAACUGAGAUCUUUAGAAAAUAUAUCCGAUAAAUUGAAAGGAAGGGAGACGAUAGUACUUCUACAAGCGAAAUAUAGUGCGAGGAGUCCGGAGUAUUAUCAAGUGGGAUAUAAAACGUUUUUUCAACGAGAUUUUGGACUUGUUACCUUAUUCUUUCGAGACUUCAACUGGCACCGCCAGUCACGUCACCAGUGACACAUCUCGAUCCUUCGCUCCGCCUCUGCACAGCUGAGCCGAUCGGUUAGACGGAUGCGGCGCCGCUGCAUGAUUAUCGUCCACUCUUCUCUGACUUCAGUCUUCAGUUUAGCACAGCUCCCCAUCACUUAUGCUGCAUUGCUUCACUGAUUUUGUGACUGAUCAUCGAUCGCCUACAACAAAGUUUUUUAAAAUUUACAUCUUGAACAACGGGAAUCAGAAGAAGCCAAGUUCUACCAUUGCUGCCCAGUUGAGAUCCAGCAGAUGUGAUGAGUUCUGUCCAUGGGUUUCGAAACAAACCCAAACCUGAUCGAAGCAAAUACACGCCUGUGUCUGGCCAAGUCCAAAAUGUGCAGAAUUCGACGGUGUAUGUCUUUGGAGAAUCGGCUAUCACCAAAGAUGAGAUCAACACGGACGAUCGCAUCGAGAUGCCGGAGCUCCGAACUCGAGGUGGUAAUGGUAAUGGCGGCAAGAGAAAGAAAAAGACAAAGAACACUGAGGAGGAUGAAAUGGUGUAUGUGGAGAAGGAUAUCAAUGAAGGCGACACAUUACAAAUAUUCUCUCUCCGUUAUGCAUGCAGGAUUUCAGAAUUGAAGCGAAUCAACAACUUAAUAGCAGAUCAGGAUUUCUAUGCCCACCGAACUCUCAAAGUGCCAAUGCGACGUGAUGGAAUUCUGUUGGAGAUCGAAGAUGACCUUAAAAACCCGGUGGGUGCCUCAUUACGCAAAGUUAAUCACGCUAAACCUCAUCUCGCAAACGGUCACAGACAUUCCGACGAAAGCGACCAUUUUAGUUCCGACGACAGCCAGACAGAGUUUAUCCGGACUAUCAGUAUACCAGGGUCCUUGGACGGGGAAAACAGGGCUGCUCAGGAGUUCUUUGAUAAAAUGGAUAAAGAUUUGCACAAUAUCUUGGAGAAAACAAGGACUAACAAAGACACUCUGCAAGAGGUAACCUCGGUUCUGAAAGAAACAAGGUUUCGUCCACUCCACUUCCCCAAGGCAAAGUCUGACUGCCCCGAUGAUGGGGCGACGUUGGGUUGCACCUCUAGAAAUAUAGUCAUUGCUCUUAUUAUUAUCAUGGUUAUAGGGCCAUUGUUAGGAUUAGCAAUUGUAUGGUAUCGAUUAAAACCAGGGCCAUGAUUUUUCUUCUUUCUUACAGUAUGUUAUAUUCUGUAGAGAUGUCCUUGUUUUGUCUGUAUUUCAUAUUAUGCCCCUCUUCUGUCAGUCAGUGUCGCAAAUUAUACUUUUUAUUGCUAUCAUUAGGUAAUUUUUGUAAUGUAACCAAAUUUAUACUGUAAGUGCCUAUACAAAUUAUUUAAUUCACCCGUUUCAAAUAAUUGUAUUUCAUAUUUUUCAGAAUGCAAAUUGCAUGGAUUAUGUGUUGUUAGGUAGGGCAAACCAUAAUGUUUGUCCUACCUAGCAACAACUAAUAUCAAGUUACAUUUAUGUGUAACAGUUGAAUAAAAUCAUUUGCUAUACUAUCCCUUUUAAGUUAAGUUGGGGAGGUUUAGGGGGGGUACAUGACUGUCUUACAAAAAGCUAGCUUUGUUAUUGUAAUUCCAUGUUUUUUUGUGCCAAAAUUAAGCAUACAGUGUACAAUGGAAUGAAUUCAAUUGGAUGUUUAGAUUCAUUAAUGAAAAAUCAACUCAGAAUUAGGUUUCUAUGCUGCUGCCAUACAUAUGUAAAACAUUUUUUUUCCCCCUUUUUUUCUUCUUCUUUUUGUAAUUGUUGAUAUUAUUAAAUCAACAGUAAGAUGUUUUGAUGAUUUGAAGGAUUAGAAAAUAGAAACUUAAUAAUAAUACAAA